AUGUCUUCAUUAAAACGUAUAACUAAGGAACUAAAUGAUCUAGGAAGAGAUCCACCAACUUCAUGUUCUGCUGGCCCAGUUGGUGACGACGUUUACCACUGGCAAGCUUCCAUCAUGGGCCCACCUGACUCCCCUUACGCUGGUGGUGUUUUCUUCUUAUCUAUUCAUUUCCCAACUGAUUACCCAUUCAAACCACCAAAGAUCUCAUUCACAACAAAAAUAUAUCAUCCAAAUAUUAACGCUAACGGUAAUAUUUGUCUAGAUAUUUUGAAAGAUCAAUGGUCUCCUGCAUUAACUAUCUCAAAAGUAUUAUUAUCCAUCUGUUCUUUAUUAACUGAUGCUAAUCCAGAUGAUCCUUUAGUUCCUGAAAUCGCUCAUUUAUACAAAACUGAUAGAGCAAAGUAUGAAGCUACAGCAAAGGAGUGGACCAAGAAAUACGCUGUAUAG